AUGGAAGAAGAUCAGUCUUGCCCCGUCCUGGACCCUUCAGGUGACCUGCGAUUGAGUACCAACACGCAAGACUUCGUCGUCUCAUCCAAAGUCAUGUGCCUUGCCAGCCCCGUAUGGCGUGCAAUGUUUGAUCCCCAAGGCCACUGGGCCAGGCAUUCAUCGGGCGUUUUCAGCUUCCCGGACGAUGAUUCCGACGCCCUCUUGAUCAUACUCCAAAUUGCUCACUUGCAGUUCUCGGAUUUACCGGACGCGCUCCUCAUCUACGAGCAUCUUCUGCAGUUGGCGGUCCUGUGUGACAAGUAUGGCGGCUCCUGGACCCUCGAUGUUUUUACAGGGUUGCUUGCUGAUUACCGGUUGACCAACAGAUAUAAUACCGUCAGACUCGUUCGUCCCUGGAUCUCGAAAUGGCAAGCUCCACUGCAAGCUCAGGCAGAGGAGUGUUCUCAGGGCGGCGGAGAGGGCUACGAGGGUUACGAGACCUGGCUGUUCAUCGCUUGGACAUUUGGCGAUGAGGCCGGGUUCAGAAAGAUCUCUCGCUCGUUGGUGUUGACGUCGACAGUCACCACAGUCAACGGUGAGAAACGGAUAGUGAACGCACAGGGAAAUAUGGUCGGUGAUAUUAUGCCUCCAGGUUCAGCAGGCGCCAUCGUCGAAGCCCGCUCAGAGCGCAUCUCCGCACUCCUCGAAAUGUGCUACGGGCUGGUAGACCGAUACGAAUCGACUACCCUAAUGGCUCCUGAAGACACCACCAUCUGCACCCUCCGCGAUCAAUCGCCCAACGAAUGCGACUCCCUAGUCUACGGCUGCCUGAUCAAAGGUCUGCAAAGCCUCAAGCUAUUCCCCAAGCGUGCGGAAGCGUCCGAGGUCGAGUCGAGCGUGAUGGCCUUUGCGGACAAGCUGCGUUCGCUGCGAUGCUUCGAGUAUCCUUUCCCGUAUAAUAGUCAUGGCUACUACAAUCAUAAUGGGAUUUCGCAUUCAAGAUGCAGCUUCACGCUCGCUUUCGCCGAUCAGAUCAACGCUAUUAUUGGUCAGGAGGAGCCGUCAGGGGUACUGGAGGAGCAUCUGACCCAUCUCAAUGAGCAAAAGGACUAG